AUGAAGCUGACUCAGAGAAUCAAGAAGCUGCUGGAAGAUGUGACUGUCCUUAAAGACCAAUGCUUAGAGCUAUUGUCCGCUAAACAGGAUUUGAUUGACAAGGCGCAGACUACACUUGUUGGAAACUAUAAUCUUAUUCAGAAAAUGAAUUCAUCAUUGGGAGAAUCAACCAAUGGCGAUGCAGAUGAUGCAUUAGCUGAUUUUAAUCAGGUUGGUGCUUUUUUUCUUCGUAUAGCCAAUUCGAUACCUUAG